ACUCUUUUUAAAAAUUGGGUACCUGUACUCUGGUGAUAUAAAUCUUUUUGUGUCACUCUACCAAGUACAUAGAUGGUAUAGCCGUAGAAGAACUUAUAAGCUGCUGACGGAAAUGGCGCCAAUCUCAGCAGCCAAACAGAAACUUCCACCUAUAAAUAGUAAACUGUUUUGAGUACUUCGCUGAGCACUCGAUUCUUUCGGACUCAAUUCUCAACUAUGGCGUUUUCCGAGGCCUUCCAUGAACGGCUUGAACGUAUGGAGUUUGAUCGAAACAAACGUCUCUCUCUUCUCCAGGCAGAGAAAGAGUUGGAAUCGAGCAAGUCUCUGGUCCUGGCAUCGAAGCUGGCGGAGAUCAGGGCCACGGAACAGAGGUGCUUUGUGCUCGAUCAGAAAAUCGCCGUCCAAAAUUUCAAAAUCUUAGCUCUCAAAUCCGAGAUCGAAACGAUCGAUUCCAAUUACGAAAUCUAUUCAAAACAGCUGAGGGAUUUGAUGAAUGAAGUAGCGGAUCUGGAGGAGUUGGAGAAGCAGAAAGACCAGUUCUACGAGUCAAAGAUCUCUGAAAUGAAAGAGUUCAAACAAAAGGCGGAGGGAUUUGGUUUGGAAUUAAGAACGCGAGUACAGAAUUUGAAAAUCUGCCUCAGUCAGAUCCAAAAAUUUCAGUUGCAAAAGAGCUUUGUGAAAUUUCAAGGCAACAAUGGAUACAGUAAUAAUUCUGAAAUAGCUGCAGCUGAGAUGAUGAAGUCUCAACUCUUGGCUGCAAAACAUGAAUUGGAUAAGAAUUUGGCUUCCAAUUUGAGAAUGAAAACACAUUUGCAGAUGGAACUUCAGAGUAUCUCAUCUAUAGAUAAUACCAAAAACUAACAAAAUAUGUGUAAGGGAUGGGAUGAUUGAGCAUUGUUAAGGGGCAUGAGGUUCUCUGGUGUGUGGUAUUGACUCUAUACAUUGUCUAUUUUUUCUUGCUAAGACUAUGAACCUAUUGGUCGAGGUUA